CGAGGAGCAAUUCUCUAUUUCCACAGAAGCCAUUAUUCCAUCACUCAAUUUAAUGCAAAUAGAUAUGUAUUCAUAAACCAGAAGAUGAUGCUCUCCACCCCACAAGCAGCAGGAUUGGCUGUGACCCCAGUAUUUUUCCGCCCUCCCGCCUUCCUCCUCCACACCUCGCUGCACAGAGCUGACUUCAGGAUGGAUACAACCUCCCAUCCCAUGAUGCCCUUGCACAGAUCCUACCAAAUGGUCGCUACCUUUUCAAAGGAGCAAAUCCAAGGCUUCAGAGGGCAGCCCAACGAGAACCGGAGAGACCAGAGGCCAAGCAACCCAACAUAAACCACACCUAUCAUAUACAUCAUCCACAUCAACGACCCCCACUGCAUACGGGUGAGGAUGAUCACCGCAUGGCAGAGAUCACCAACCUCCAAACUAAGGAAGUGGAAAACUAUCGCUCAGCCAUGGGUAAGAUGGCAGAAGACAUCAUAGCGCUGAGGACACAGAUGGUGAGGUUGGAGGCAGAAAACAGCCAGCUCCGCUCUGCUCUGUCUCUGCAGCAGGACCUCGGCAAAGACCUGUUGGACGACAUCCACGUCAUGACCAGGGCUGAGAUUGCUAAUUAUAUAGCCUCUCUUAAAUUUAAGCUGGCCAAUGAGACCAGUAAAGCCGGCUCUCAAAGGGACCGAAUCCAAAAGUUGCAGAACGAUCUGAUCAAGGAAAACGAAAGUGAGAAGGAGCUACUAAAGCUUCAGAGAGUUCACCAGCAGCAACAGGAGGAUUUGCAGCGCUGCCACAGCCGCUUGGCAAAGAUGGCAAACUUGGAGGCAACAGUGAAACAUCAGGAAAUGGUCAUUGAGAAGAUGGAGAAAGCAUUAGAUAGCAAACUCAUAGAGAAGAGUAAACAGACUGGUGACAGAAGGCCUUUGGUAAAUAGGCAAAAAGGUGGCACUGAUAACAGAAAGGAAGAGAUAGAGUCAGCCCUGGCAGCAGAAAACAGUCGUCUCAGAGGAGAGCUGGACAGGAUUCGCCAGCAGCCGGCCCCAGUUAUUAAACAGCAGUCAGCCCAGAGAAAAGAAGCCCUUCCAGUCGAGGAGCGAAUUAGUUUACUAAGUAAGCUGGAGAGGGCAGAGGCAAGAGUUCAAACACUGGAGGCUCAGUUGGAGGAGAACUCUAAUUUAUGGGGGAGAGAAAAACAAGAAAUGUUGACCAAACUGAGCGAGCACAGGCAUGGCUUCGUCCGGACGUCCACCACAAUCCUUAAUAACGUUCCUUCGAGAUCUGUACCAGAAUCAUUGAGUGAGCAAAGCAGACAGAGGAAGCAGAAUAAGUCCUGUUGACCCAGACUAAACAUAAACACUCACAGUUUUCUUUGAUUCAAUAUUCCAAAUAAAUUCAUACAUUUAGAUAAACUAAAAAAAUACAUUUUACAAGACAUAUUUUGAAUCGAAUAUUUUAUUAAUCUUUUG